GGCCCAGGCUGUAUAGCGGAGGUGGAGAUUCACAAUUCCACCCAGUCACACUGCUCCACUCCAACUCAGAGACAGACUCUGAGGAGAGAAAAAAAAAACUCCACAGGAAAACCAGGAGACACAAUGCUCAGCACCUCAGAGCAGACUCAGAAACCAAGUGGGAUACUCAUAUACUUUGAUAGUCUGUUAAUUACAUAUGUAUUAUGAUACAGAUGUGUGGGGGGCUUUAGUUGAAACUUCAUCUUUUUGUUUUCCCCAGAAGAGAAGAACAUUGUAUUAAAGACGAAAAGCUCAGAGGAUCUGGGAUUUUGUGUCAUUAUGCAUUCUGUUAAUAUCAAUAUGGUAUCUAUAGGCGUAAGCAUGUUGUUGGUGCUGUUCCUUUCUACAAGCAGUGUAUUGUGCCAGCACACCAGUGUUUUUUUGAGAGACUUCAAUGGGACAGAGGGAGCCUCCUACAUCGCUGAACAGCUGAGCUUCUACAGCACGUACUCUACCCCUUUGAGCACUUUUUCGACAAUUUCUCCAAGUCUGCAAAUCCAAAAUAACACAACAGCGCCAAGACAAAACUAUCUGCCAAUGUGCCACCAAAAAACUAAGAUCAAAGUCUUUUUUCGGUAUGUUAACACAACCUUUUCCUGCCUGUUUUUCAUCAUUGGUAUGGUUGGGAAUGCCACCCUGUUGAGGAUUAUCUACCAGAAUAAAGGUAUGAGGAAUGGACCCAAUGCACUGAUCGCCAGUCUAGCUCUUGGGGAUCUGAUCUACAUUUCUAUCGCUAUCCCUAUCACGGUCUAUAAGCUAAUGGCUCAGCAGUGGCCCUUUGAAGACUCAGGUCUUGGACUCUUCCUUUGUAAACUGGUGCCAUUUCUCCAGAAAGCAUCAGUGGGAAUCACUGUUCUCAACCUCUGUGCUCUCAGCGUGGACAGGUACAGAGCUGUGGCUUCCUGGAGUCGUGUCCAGGGGGUUGGGGUUCCAAUGCUGACGGCCAUUGAGAUCUUCUCCAUAUGGGUUUUGUCCAUCGUCCUUGCUGUGCCCGAGGCUAUCGGCUUUGACAUGGUCACCUUCGAGUACAAUAAUGUGACGCACAGGACCUGCAUGCUCUAUCCUAAAUCAUCAUUUAUGAUGUUUUAUAAAAAUGUGAAGGACUGGUGGCUCUUCGGAUUUUAUUUCUGCAUGCCUCUGGCUUGCACAGCAGUCUUCUACACAUUAAUGACAUGUGAAAUGUUACACAACAGGAAAGGAAGCUUGAGAAUUGCCCUAACUGAGCAUCUGAAACAGAGACGGGAAGUAGCAAAGACCGUGUUCUGCUUAGUUCUUAUAUUUGCACUGUGCUGGUUCCCACUGCAUCUAAGCAGAAUAUUGAAGAAAAUGGUGUACAGAGAUGGUGACACAGGGAGAUGUGAGCUUCUCAACUUCCUGUUGGUACUGGACUAUGUUAGCAUUAACAUGGCAUCAGUAAACUCCUUUAUAAACCCAAUAGCUCUGUAUUUUGUGAGCAAGAAAUUUAAAAAUUGUUUCAAGUCAUGUCUGUGCUGUUGGUGUCAGAGAACGAAGAGCAUGGUGCCAAUGAAUGGGACAAGCCUACAGUAUAAAAUCCAGGAGCCUAACAACCAUAACACAGACCGCAGCACACGCAAGGACAGUGAAAACUGAAAGGAACUGGUCACGCUACACAUCAGCACAGCACACAAAGAUAGCAUUUACCCAGUUGUUAUGAAGUCAGCUUUAACCAAACGUUGCCAUUGACUGGAAAUAUGCACUGCAUAAUAAAGCCAGGGAGCUCAGGUUCAAGUAUCAGCUGCAAAUGGGUUUGUAAAAAUCCAAAACAUCCUAAGCUAUUAAGAAACUGCUCCACGUGUUUGUCUUUCCUUGAUGUGAACAUUCAUAGAUUUUAAGGCAAAGGAAACAUGCUGGUGUUUUUAGUAUUAGCCCUUGAAUUCCUGUCAGUGCUUCACUUAGCGUUUAUAGAAACAUAUGCAUUUUAUAUCAGUUAUGUUAAUUAGUAAUUAGACUACAGGCAGAAGAAGGUUUGAGUUGGAGAAUUCUCAGAGGUUACAAGAGAUUUAUGGUUCAAUUGCGUCAUAUCUGAUGUCACCAGCUUUGUUUUCAUUUCAGCAGGAACCGUGUGGGAGUGGGUGGUUCUGGAUUAAACAAAAGGCUUUGUGGGCAAUUGUGUUUGACCCAUUGCUGCUCUUCAGUGCAACAAAGGGGAACCUCAGCAAUACAUAAUAACUAGCCCUGAAGUGCAUUGCUUGUCUUUUUCUAAUUCUUAUACAGUAAAUGGAAUCAAGACAUUUCUUAAACAUAGCAUGUGCACUGGGGCGAGAGAGGGAACGAGAUUGUGUGUGUGUGUGUGUGUGUGUGUGUGUGUGUG